AUGGGCUGGAACCUAGACUACAGCGCUAUAACCCCAGGCCCAGGGGGCACGGUCAUGCUGGGCGAGAAAGGCGGUGCUGAAGCCGUCGCGCGCCGGGCGAAAGAGCGUCGAGCCCGAGAACGGGAGCUCGCCUUGCAGAAAGGCAGAUUAACGGAUGAUACCAUGGCGCCGGAUGGUGGGCAAAUGGUGAAGGCCGUAACUGAGGGUGGUACUCCGGAGAUUAGUGGUGAGAAGAAGAGCGGGUUUCGGGCGAGGUGGAGGGAGUUUAGGGAGAGGAAUUUGCCGUGA